CAGCGCCGGGGGCCGCCGCCGCCGCUCGCCGGGAGCCGCGAUGGCCCGGUGGCCCUCACCGCCUCCGCCUCCGCCGCCGCCGCCGCCGCUCGCCGCGCCGCCGCCGCUGCCCGGCGCCUCCGCUAAAGGGCCGCCGGCGCGCAAGCUGCUCUUCAUGUGUACCCUGUCCCUGUCCGUCACCUACCUGUGCUACAGCCUGCUGGGCGGCUCGGGCUCGCUGCAGUUCCCGCUGGCGCUGCAGGAGACCCCGGGAGCCGCCGCGGAGCCCCCGCCGAGCCCGCCACCUUCCUCGCCACCGCCACCCCGCGUGCACCCCGGAGCCUCCUUGCCACCGCCGGACAACGCGAGCCACGGACCGCCGCCCGAGCCCCCCGAGCGCUUCACGGCACCCGCGGCCGACGGCUGGGGAUUGGCGAGCGGCGGCGGCUCCCGGGACGUCUGGUCCCGGAGCCCACCGACCCCAGAAGACUCGGUCACAGCACAGGGUGCGCUGUUGGGGCGCGGGGCGCAGGAGCCGGGUGCCACCGAGGAGCUGGCAGGCCCGAGGGCGACCAAUGCGAGCGCGGAGCGGGACCCCGCCAGCACCCCUGAUUACGGGGAGAAGAAGCUGCCCCAGGCGUUGAUCAUAGGGGUCAAGAAAGGAGGGACACGCGCGCUGCUCGAGGCUAUUCGUGUCCACCCAGACGUGCGGGCGGUGGGUGUAGAGCCGCACUUCUUCGACAGGAACUACGAGAAGGGGCUGGAGUGGUACAGAAAUGUGAUGCCCAAGACAGUGGACGGGCAGAUAACCAUGGAGAAGACGCCCAGUUACUUUGUGACAAAUGAGGCUCCCAAGCGCAUUCACUCUAUGGCCAAGGACAUCAAACUCAUCGUGGUGGUGCGAAACCCGGUGACCAGGGCCAUUUCUGACUAUACCCAGACGCUGUCAAAGAAGCCAGAGAUCCCUACCUUUGAGGUGCUGGCCUUCAAAAACCGGACCCUGGGGCUGAUUGAUGCCUCGUGGAGUGCCAUUCGCAUUGGGAUCUAUGCUCUGCACCUGGAGAACUGGCUGCAGUACUUCCCCCUCUCUCAGAUCCUGUUCGUCAGCGGAGAGCGGCUCAUAGUGGACCCUGCAGGGGAGAUGGCCAAAGUACAGGAUUUCCUAGGCCUCAAGCGUGUUGUGACAGAGAAGCACUUUUACUUCAACAAAACCAAGGGAUUCCCCUGCCUGAAGAAGCCAGAAGACAGCAGUGCCCCAAGAUGUUUGGGCAAGAGCAAAGGUCGGACUCAUCCCCGCAUUGACCCAGAUGUCAUCCACAGACUUCGGAAAUUCUACAAACCCUUCAACAUGAUGUUUUACCAAAUGACUGGUCAAGAUUUUCAGUGGGAACAGGAAGAGGGUGAUAAGUGAGGCUGACAGUGUGGAGGGAAGGCUAAGGAAUAGCAAGGAUACUCUUUACCAGAGUCCCACAUCCCCCAGGUUCUGAAGCUUCGGCCAUACUGGAGUACCAAGUAAAUUGCCAACCUCAUCCAGUCAGGUUCCUUCCAAUGUUGUGGGCUUAGGCAAAGGUAUAGAUCUCAUGGCAUUCCUAUGAAGAAACCAGCUGUACCUGGUGGACAAGGUGGCCACCAGAAUCCACCAUGAAUAUUUAGCCUCUACUAGUUAAUAGAGCCUUGAAGGCAGGAUAAACAUCUUCCAGUGUCAAAGACGUAUGCUAUGAUGUUGAUGAGUAGCAAAAGGAAAGGAAAGGAAAGGAAAGGAAAGGAAAGGAAAGGAAAGGAAAGGAAAGGAAAGGAAAGGAAAGAUAAGCAAGAAGGAGGGAAGAAAGGAUAGGAAAGAAGGAAGGAAGGAUAAGAAGGAAGGAUAGGAAGGAAGGACAGGAAAGAAGGAAGGAAGGAGAGGAAAGAAGGAAGGAUAGGAAAGAAGGAAGGAUAGGAAGGAAGGAAGGAUAGGAAAGAAGGAAGGAAGGAAGGAAAAUGUACUUUGCAGGAAUUCUUAUUGUAUUUGUCUUGGGAGUCUGGAUUCUAACCUUGUGUUUAAUUUCUGGUACAUAAACUUCUGCUUUGGCAUCUCUCCAGAAUGUUGUUGGUGGCUGAGAGCUCCAAGACUCCCAAGGAGCAAUAUCCUCCCUCCAAGCCUGUCUAGCCUUCCCAUCAAAGGCUUCAUCCCAAAACCCUUUGACAUUCUCCCUUCCCACAAUAAGAAGGCAAAGGCAUGCACGUAUGUUCCUCACCAAAAAAUAGCCUACACCCCUGGAGCAUUCUAUCAGAGAGCCUUCCAAGAUGGCUCUUUCUCUUCACGAGUGUUCCAAAUUAUGGAGAAGCUUAGCACACAUCCUCACGUUGGAAUAUGACCCACAUGAAUGCUUCUAGAACAGGGAGACAGCAGCUAUGAUUUGAACCCUGAGGUUGUCAAAGAUGAAUGCCUAUACAUGGGGAGUAUAAGAAAAAAACCCAGUCCUCUAGUUGGGAGGCCCCCUUACCUAAUGAUCCUCUUCCCUAAGGAUCUUGGUCCUGAGGCAUGCUCUAGGGAUAGGCUCUGCCCUAGAGACAAAAAACAUAGCUUGUUUGUUAGCUGUUCUUCAGGAUGCAGAGAGGAAAGGAACACUCAACGUUUUUCUGUUUGUCUCACCUCUGCCCUCUCAGGGUCACCUCAUGGCUCAUUUUCUCUACUCCUAGAUGGUAUCUAUUGGGCCAUUGGCAAGAAUACUGAUUUGCAGUAUGAAGUGGGUGGGGAGGGCAAGGACUGUCUGCAGACAUCCUUUUCAAGGGCUGCCAAAUAAAGUGUCCCCUCCCAUUAGUGUGGCUGACGGAAACAAAGCAGUUGACAUAAAGCACUUGCUCGCAGAUCUCCAAAGUCAGAAAUUGUAGUAAAAUUGGAAAUUUGUAUGAGUGGGGAGAGUGGAAUCUGUUCGGCUGUGAUUAAACUGGCAUUUCUCUCACUAAAUGGAAACUGUGUUGUUAUAAAGCUUAAUGCAACCUGAUUGAUGGGCUUUAAUGGUGUAUUUGUGUCGGUCACUUCUUCCCCACCCCUACACUGGAGCGCAAGGAAUGGCUUUGUUCAGGAUGAACAGAGGGACCAGAUUUCUGAGUAUUUAGGGGUUUCUGUGUGCAGUGCAGGAUGCUUCUUACAGCCACACAAACACUAUGGCUUGGGAAGGAGGUAUUAGCUUUUUCAUCACCCCAUUAGUGAUGGACUGAUAACUCAGAUUCAAAAACAGCUGCACAAAUAUUUUUUUUCAGAUAAGAAAAGUUGAGCUGAAGGCAACAGAUGUGCCAAAGUCAACAAAGAUACAGAUCAAAGGACACGUGCUCACAUGUUUAAAGGAGGGGGUGUACACAUGCAGAGAAGGUGAACUUCAUGGAGCUGACAUGGGGAUUGCUCUGUGAGCAGAACAAAGAGGGAGUGUGUGUCAGCCCUGGCUGAAUCACCCGUAGACUUUGUAAAACACAUAUGUCCAAGCCAACUGUGGUGGAAGACACCGGAACCACAGCAGUCGAGCCUGAGGUAGCCCCAGGGCUUUGAGGCCAGCCUACGUCACACAGGGAGACAUUGGCUAAAAGUAAGUAAGUACAUAAACAGAAGGGGGAAAGAAAGGAAAAAGGGGAGAGGACUGAGGCAGGAGGAAGGGGAAGAAGAAGUAAAGAAAGAAGAAGGACACCAUUUCCUGAGCUCUAGACUAGACCUGUGGUGAGAUUUACUUCCAAGGAAUGUGGCCCCGGGUUUUUUUUUUUAACACUACAAGGAAGGAUAUAUUUAUCCUUGCAGAAAUGUGUUCUGCUUGGCAUUUCAGUAGUGGCUAGGUUAUAGUGACAUCAUAACUCUGCCAAAGGGCAAUGUUCUAGAAUACCUCUAAAAACAUUCUUCUACGGGCUAAGAACAGCCAUUCCCAGCCUGCCCUCCUGUCCCGUUUCGGAUGGACACAUCUUGAUUAAGCUCUUCAGUCUCCCCAGUCUGUCUGUCUUCAUAAGCCUAUAAGAUUCAUAUUUAAAUGAUGCUUCCAAAUAACAUAGCCUCUAA